ACGAUGAGGUGGGGCGAUAGAGGUAGAGAGAGAGAGAGAGAGAGAGAGAGAGAGAGAGAGAGAGAGAGAGAGAGAGAGAGAGAGGGAGAGAGAGAGAGAGAUAGAGAGAGAGAGAGAGAGAGAGAGAGAGAGAGAGAGAGAGAGAGAGAGAGAGAGAGGGAGCAGGUAGUAGAGAGAGGGGGGGAGAGAGAGAGAGGAGGGGGGCAGAGAGAGAGAGAGAGAGAGGAAGCGGAAGAGAGGGAGGGAGAGAGAGAAAGAGAGAGAGGGGUAGAGAGAGAUAGAGGGAGAGAGGUAGAGAGAGAAAUGAAAGGGAGAGGGAGAGAGGGAAGGAGAGAGAGGAAGAGAGAGAGAGAGAGAGAGAGAGAGAGAGAGAGAGAGAGAGAGAGAGAGAGAGAGAGAGAGAGAGAGAGAGAGAGAGAGAGGAGUGCCCAUGAGGUCGGCCAAACCCCGCCGCUGCCCCCCCACAAGCGCCUGCGGCUGGUGGUGCCACUAGCGGCGGCUGAGGAGGCGCGGGCAGAGACGGUGGGGGUGGGGGCGGAGGAGGAGGCAGAGGGGGAGGCAACGACGGAGCAGGCGGGAAAGGUGGAGGCGACAAAACGGGUAGUGGGGGAAGCGGGGGCGGAGGACCGCCGGGAGGAGGACUGCCAGGAGAGCGAUGCGACCGAUCCCUAACACUAGCCACACAGUCCACCA